AUGGCUUAUGAGCUCGACCUGGCCAAAGAUGAGGUGGGACGGCUGCGGGUGCAGGUCGUGACACUGGAGGAGCGCUGCGGGAGACUCGAAAAGACGCUGCAGGAGAUGAGGGAGAUGGUGAGGGCGAGAGAUAAAGAACUUGACAGGCUGAAGAAGGAGCGGGACAGGCUGCUCAUCGAUCGGACUCAAUCGCCCGCCAUCGCCCACAAUUUGAAACAUGGACGAGCUGGCAAGACGCACAACGACAAGCAGGGAUCAAAACACUCGAUAGACGAGGAUAGAGCCAGCCUGCGAUACUCCAGGCAAAUACAAGACGUUCAUGGGCUGGAUCUGCUGUCCAUGUCGCCUACCAGUCUGGCGUUCGAAGAACAACGCGCCCGGCUGCAAAGCGCAGAGACGUUCAUGACGAAGACUGAUGCCUGGUCGGGCGCUCAGGUCAUCCAGGCCGUGCAGGAUCUCAAUUCUGAGGUGCUGCAAUACGCUGCAUCCGCUGCAGAGCUGUGUCUAGCCGACUAUUCUGCUAAGCCGCCGCCUGCCAAGUGCAGAGAGGCUACCAUCGCCACUGCCUCCCGUCUAGGAGAAGGGCUGGCGCGCGUCCUGUCCACUCGGAAUCAUUCACAAGACCCCAUCCUCGUGCAGUUCGCACUGCAAGCUGCCGUUAUAGUCUGCACAGCACGCUGUUUCUCUUCCUUUUGCGUCGGACUGCCAUUAAAGCCCGAUGCCUUUUUUGCUCAAAUAUAUCUGCAGAUACGAUCCUGCGAACCUCAGCCUGUGUCUUCACGAUGGCGCGCUCUGACUCACAGAUACAUCCACGUUCUGCACCCUCGCCUGGAAGAACAAGCGGUAGAAGAGCUUGUGGACGUAAUAUUCCAGUUGUGUGCAGACAUCAUGACUGCCGGCAAAUGUUCCGUGUCUGUGUCCUCAAAGGAGGCACUGAAAAACCGCUUCGCCCCGCAGAUCCGCAGAAUCGUGCAGGCGGCGUGCAAGUUGGCACGGGUCACUAAAGAGGAGAUCAUGUCGACCAACUUCGAGUUCCUCACGGUCGACCCUGGGAGGCCGUACGACGCCGAGGACAUGAUCGACUCGUUCGCGGAGUACGGCGCGCCUACGCGAGGCAGAGUACUGUGUACGACAGAGCUUGGGGUGAGAUGCACUACCGUCCGGAGGGCUAACGAGGGUGGCAAGGCCGUUGAGGCGAGGAAGAUGCUGCUGAAACCCAGAGCCAUAUUUGACUCGGUAAUACAGGUGCUAGGUACGGAAGGGUGAUCGGUCGCGGCUCGAUGCAUUACAUACCUUUCUUAUGGAUCCAGAGACAGUGAUAGUAUGGCAGGUCUGUACGAUAUUUGGUCUGUUUGUAUGAAGAAUAAUUUAAUGUAACUAUUGACGAGGCAGAUAAGCCGUCGUGCG